AACUUUCAACCUCUACAAAAUCCUAAAAGUACCUUACCAAAUUACCUUGCAAAUAUUUAAAAAAUUAGAAGUUUUCUUCACAUUACAGGACUUCAUCUAUGCUUCCUCCCAUCAUUAGACUUAUGUCACUUAUCCCCUUCUCAUUUUCCUCUUCUAGUACAACUUUUAUGUGCCUCCACAAGUAUUGUAUUGGAGGGAGGGAGAGAGCUUCCAGAGGAGAUUGUCAGAUGGAGAAGAUGAAUCAGCAGUUCUUGUUUAAGCUUUUCAUUCGUUCAUUCAUUCAUUUAUUUAUUAUCUGCAGCCGCUAUUGUAUUUUUUUUGAAAAAUUUGCCCUGGAGCGGGGUAUGCUCAAGCAAUGCUUGUUGGAGCCUAGGUGUAGACAUUUUGAGGUUUUUAAAACAGUGUAUGUACAUGGGUUUCAGUUGUAAACUUUACAAAGCUUGUACAAUUAGUGCAGUUGAAACUCAAACUUCUCUAAUUCUCUCUCGUUUUUAUACAAGCUUCUUCAUUCAUAAAUUGAAUAGUUCUGUAGAGAAGAGUUUGACAUCUGAGUUUCUGGUCACUGAACUGAAUUUGUGGCACAUUUCUUGCAAGUUCUGUUCGUUUUAGCAUCACAAUGUUGUAUAAAAGUCUUGCAAAUUCUCACAUUCCCAUCACAAUGUAGUUCUCCAUCUUCUUCUGGCACUUGGAAUUGCUCAUGUUUUGAAAUUUUAUUGUUAGUGUUUUCAGCUUUCUUUCUGUUGUAGAAAUGUUGAAGCAGCCAGCUAUCUUUUUUGGGAUUAUAUUUUUACUCAAAAGAGACCUUGGUUGAAGCUGUUCAGGGUUUUAAAUGCGAUCAAGUUUCUCCAAGGAUGUUAAAAUUGGCAUCUUGUGAGACAUUGGUGCUGGGCCUCGGAAGGACUUUCCAGUAAGUUGGCUCACAAUUACCUGGAGAAGCAUUUAUCUUUUGUGGAAAUUUGGUUGAAAAAAGAACAGAAGAAAUUUGCAGAAUAAAUUAGAAAGUGGGAAGACAUCUGGAAUCUUACAGUUAUUUGUUGCUUCUUCCUCUUGAAAUUUAACUUAUUCUUAUAAAUUUUAAUCACGUAUCUUCUUAUUUAUCAGCUACGUGGAAAGUUUUUCUGCAAUCCUUUCGCUUAGGACCUUUAUCUACAGAUAGUCUUCCUCUUGUCCUCUAUUGCUUCCAACUCUUCUAUGAGAAAAAAAGUCUAUUGAACAUGCUUUUUUAGUUUCUUGUUUGAUGAAAAUACCCAAGUAGUGAAAAGGUUUUAGCACGCACAAGCAUGAAUGAAUGUUUUGACAAGAUUAGGUGUAGAACUGUAGAUUGAAAAGGUUCUAUUAUGCAUGGAACCUUUUAUCUAAUUGUCAUCUUGAAAGCUUUCCAUUAGUGGUAAACUUUCAAACCUUCUAUUGUUAGUCAACGCUCCUCUUGAAAGAAAAGUGGCUUAAGUUUAGAACACCUGUUUCAUUGGGACUUAACUUGUACGUAUGUGAAAUGUGCUGAUGGUUAAGCUUGAAAGCUAACUAAAGCAAGGGAGCAAGCAAAAAGAUUGCUUGUAUCAUAAUGCAAGUUAGACAUUAAGAUAUAGUUGUUUCUGCAUGUGUAUAAAAUAAAGCUAGAUUCUGAAGCCCAUCAUAUCAAACUAGUUUGAGAAAGAGAGAGGAUAGAGAGAUAUUGGUGCAACAAUGGAGGCAAAGAAGAGAAUGGCAGUUCUGGUGGGGUGCAAUUACCCUAAUACCAAGUAUGAGUUACAUGGCUGCAUAAAUGAUGUGAUGGCCAUGCGAGAGAAGCUAAUGAGCAGGUUCGGUUUUGAAGAGAGCAAUAUUCAGGUGCUGACUGAUGAGCCAGGCUCGUUGCUGAUGCCAACUGGUUCCAACAUCAAACGUGCGCUGGGGCGAAUGGUCAGUAAGGCAGAAUCGGGAGACGUGCUCUUCUUUCACUACAGUGGACAUGGAACCAGAGUUCCAUCUAUGAAACAUGGAAACUUCCUUCGGCAAGAUGAGGCCAUUGUGCCUUGUGACUUCAAUCUCAUUACAGAUAUCGAUUUUCGUCAUCUUGUAAACCGCAUGCCUAAGGGAGCAAGCUUCACUAUGAUUUCAGACUCGUGCCAUAGUGGAGGUCUGAUAGACAAAGAGAAGGAGCAGAUUGGACCGUCUACCAUCGUUAACGGUGAAAAGCUCUCACUCCCAUCUAUGCCAAACACUGCAAAGGAAAAAACCAUCCCCUUCCAAUCAAUUCUACAGCACCUAUCAUCACUUACCAACAUCAACACAACAGACAUUGGCACCCACUUGCUUGAAUCCUUUGGAGAAGACGCCAGUCUCAAGUUCCAGCUGCACCCACGUGAACUCGACAUGGUGGACUUGCUGAAGCCUGAUGCAGGGAUUCUAUUGAGUGGCUGCCAAGCAAACGAGAGUUCAGCAGACAUGAACCCGGAUAGUGCAGGUGGGAAAGCAUAUGGCGCAUUUAGCAAUGCGAUUGAAAACGUGCUCGAGAAGAACCCUGCUGCACUUUCGAACAAGCAGGUGGUGGUGAUGGCCAGAGAGAGGUUGAAGCAGCAAGGCUUGGGGCAGCAGCAUCCUUGCUUGUAUUGCAGCGACGAGAAUGCUGAGGCAGUGUUCUUGCGCCAGCACACUUGAGCUUGACUCAACUCAAUCAAUAUAACAAACUUGUGAUAAAAUAAAUGAAAUCAAAUGUACUAUGAUUACUGUUACUAAUUUUUAAACUUGCUGAUUGGUUUAUUCAAUAAAAAGGAAACUAUAGAUAAAGUUCUAAAAUUUUUAUUAA